AUGCAGCAGCGGGACCUGACCACCAACACGGUGCGGCCUGGCGUGCUGUUCCGCAUGCGACCGCCACCUUCCGUCAUCAGCACCACCGCGGCCUCUCCGAGUGCAUGGAGCAGUCCGUACCCUUCGCUGCUUCCUAGACACCUACUGGACACGGAGGCCUCGACGCCAGAUGCCAAGCGGCUCAGCCACGCAGCGACGACGCCAGGCGGUACUCCCGUGGCCAAAACAAACGUCCCAUCAAGUCGAGAGCACUUUCUUGCGCUUUACCAAAAGAGUCCCAUGCCCAAGAUCCUCAUCGCGAGGCAACAGCUCCAUCAGGCCACGACUGCGCAGACUCCACCACCGUCCUCGCACUCUGCACCCACAGCGUCGACACCGACCACUCAAACGCCGCGUCGACGCUACAUAUUUCGUUCUAACGCUCCAACAACAGCAGCAUCGCCGUCUGUGCCAUCGACACCAACACCCAAGCCGACCGCUCAAGGAAUUGCUGGACGGACAGAACCGGCCGCGUUGACCUCUUCGUCUAUCCCACUGGCAUCCCCAGCAGCGGUCACUCAUCCAUCGCCGUCAACUCGAGCUCCCAUGGCGACGAGCACCCCUCCCGUGGCCCUUCGGCCGCCCACGACCCUCCGACACCCGCUGACACCGUCCACUUCGAGGCCCCAACUUGGCCGCGGGCAGACACCCCCAACUCCUUCCGUCCGUCCUGGUUCUGCCCCCACGUCGGACUUGUCUUCGCGCGUCGGCCCCUUUCGCCGCUUGUCCUCAACGCCGCUCGCCGCUCCGCAUGCAAAGGCCCGGCUUUCAUUUGAAGAUCCCCCGCCCAUUCCACCGCACAUCCCUGCUCAGGCAGCUCCGGCCAGCAUGAAGUCCGCGCCAGUGCGAAACAUCCCCCCGGUGCGUUCAUCCCCACAGCAGCCAUCUCCACCCCCUAAACGGUCCCAACCCUCCCCCCGACGACCGACCGCUUCGACGGUACCGUCCAUACCACCCAUUCCACCUUCCGAGCCGAGUACCCUCGACACCCACGACCGGAAAGCGACUGGGGCUCCUGGUACUGACGAAGUGAAAGCUCGACACACUACGCCAUCCAAGCGCUCGUUAGUGACGUUGUUAGCCCCGCCGCCUUCCUCGACUACUUCAGACAGCCAGACGGUGUCAACUUCUUCUUCCCAUGGCGCCUCGACUGCUACGAGCAACGUACCCGUGGUCGACCUCACCGACUCGUCGUCCUCCGCACCCCCUCCAAUAUCCACGAACAUAGUGACACGAAGUACCAACACCCCGCAACGACAUCCACAACCUACAAACAAACCAGCGUCACAUACAGCGGAUACUGCUGCUGGUACUCCCAGACAGAUGGCGGCGGCGGGGUCGUCCAAGAAGCAGAAACGAGGCCUAGUACAAGCCAAAGGCCCCAUAUCCGCCAAGAAACAGCGCCAAGGAGCCGCCUCCGUGGGCAAUUCGACUGUAGAGACAGUAGUACCCACCGUGAAGCGUCGCACGCAAUCAUCGGCCGCCAAGCCGUCGCCACCACCACACAAGCCACCCAACCAAACGAGCCCCAUAAACCCCCAAAUCAGCCGUGUCCACCUAGCCGAGACAUUGCCGCCGCCCCCCGUCCACUCCCAUCUUGACCAAGCACGCGACAAGUCAGACGACGUCAUACCCCAGAAAGCUACCCAAUCAGCAGCCUCACGUCGAUCGUUAACAGCAAAACCAUAUACAAAAACCAACACUCGUCGUACCUGUGACAACGUGGCGACUCGAAAGCGAAGGCGGGAGGCAGACAGCCCCACAUCCCUCGCCAAGUGUUUAUCAUUUGACGAUUCAGACGAUGACGAAGAAGGCAGCAGCAGCAUCGACACGUCUCGUUCCCCCAGUCCAUCGACUACUCUGUCGGCGGCGGCGGGAAAACCCGUCCAAGGAGAAGAAGGCGGCGGCAGUCGUCGACGGGUGCUGGCGCUGCGCAAGUGGACAGUCGUGUGGCCGCCGCCGUCGGAUGGCCCAUCGUUGCAACUGGUGGUGCGGGGCCAAGUGAGCCAGGGCGAGUGGGAGUCGCAUGUGGUCGAGCGUAUCCGGCGUCCGCGGUUGUUUGUGUCGCAAACCACGUCACAGGACGUGUCGCUCGUGGGUCGGAUGGUGCCAACACCGAAACUGCCGGCCAAAGUGGCCCACCAGUUCAGCCAUGGCAUCCCGUCCGACUGGGUGCACAUGUUCCGAUCUGUCCUCGGCGAUGUCAAAAUCAAGUCGAUUCAUCAACCCGCCCAAAUGUCUGCUGGGUUUUCCCUUUUUCACAUGUUUCGACCUCAAAGCGACGACGACGACGACGAGGACGAUGUGACGCCCGCGAGCGCUAGCAAACUCGAACGCCUUCAGAGGCCGCCCGCACCUCCUCCGUCGUCGCUUCCCCGUCGACAGAUCAACCGGAAAACGGCGUCCAAACCAUCGAAACAGAAAACUGUCGAAUUGGAGGUGGCGCCGCCAGUGGACACUUUUUACUCUUCGUCCGAUGACAAGACACUGGUCAAGGUAAAACCGGCUGUGUCCAAGGUAUGCACAUACAUUGGCGGCGACUUCUGACAAUAUAUACGACAAUGUGAUGCAUGCUAUUCUUGUUUAGGCGGUCCCAUCCAAGCCAGAGGUCGUUCUUCAGGGGAAAACUACACGAAGCGGACGCGUCACGUCGCCAGUCAAAGCAUGGUGGAAGGCCACAGAGUAUACUAAAUGGAGUGAUUGAAAGAGGAACUGACUGAGUAUGGGGGAUUUGUUGGGAUAGGGAGGACUGUGCUACGACUGCUGCUGAUCACUGGACAACGGACCAAGUAUCAAGCUUGAAGCAAGCGAUUCACAAAGUUGACCCUAAAGAUCCCAAGUACUGGACCAAGAUUGCAAAAUGGGUCGACGGUAAAUCUGCGAUACAGUGCCAAACCAAGCAGUUUGAAAGCGUCGAGUCGACGUUCACACGACCACGACCACCGACCAAGUCUAUGAAACUCAACAAGUCCCAGUUGUCCAGGGCCGGCACCCAGCGGUUCAAGAAGCAAGUGCGCCAAUUCGUGGUCGAGGUAAAGUACUAGUGUAUUAGCUAUCUAUCGAUCAUAGUAUAUGAGGUGGACCUCUUUUGAUGUAUUGCAGUACGAAGCGGCAAACGAUGGCGGUGACGACGUGUGUGUGUCCCCUCCCACUUACCACGUCACACCGUCGACGUCGUCGAGGCUAUCGACACCGAAAUCCAUCCGCAAGUUCAAACGUCGUCACCACGUCGCAGAUGACUCGGACGAAUCAGACGCGGCGGUCCUUUUGCAAACCGUGCCGUCAUCUCAUCGCGAUAAGCUGGACGCGUACAACGGCCGCCUCUUGAACCAAAAAUACACUCGACAACAUCAUCACCCUUCUCGAUCUACUUUUCAAUCCACAAAGUCUGGGGCACACGAGGUAUCGUCCGUGCUGGUACUAGCACUACUAGUACUACUAGUACUUGUGUGUGUUGUACUAGAUGGACGAAUAUGGGGACCCAAGGACAGUUCGGCAGAGCAUCCAAACGACUGGCGCGCGACGGCUGGAAGGGGUGCUGACCCCCAGAGGUAGUAUGAAGGUGCGCGUUGUGAAGCGGACGGCCGACGACUCGUCCUAUGAGGAACUAGAUGCAGACUCGUCAGAUGACGACUAACUCCCGCCCGAUCUGUCAGUUUGACGUAGUACAGUUUCAAAAGUCAUUGUAAUAAAUAUAGCGUCCAUAUGAAGAA